AUGGCACAACCCCAAAACGUUUCCGCCAAGUCAGUGGAAGUGAAGAACAAUCUCACGCAGAGACAUCCGAACGACUUCAUGUCCAUCAUGCAACAACCUACCUUCCAGCUUCUGAACGGGAUUCCUUCGAUGUUGAACGGCAUUCAGCUCCCAGGUCACAGCCAGAAGGGGUUGCAAAAUGACAUCAUCAACUUGUUGAAGCCGCGAGGAAAUGCGCAGUUGAGCCCUCAGGAACUCAGGAAAGGUUUCGAUUUCUGGACAGAGGAAGAGAACACAAGGUUUGUUAACGCCAUCGACUCACAAAAGUUCCCUCCCGAUUUCUCGAUCUUAGCUGCCAAAGUUGGAAACAAAACAGUUGAGCAAUGCCAGAGUUACGCGCGAUUCUACUUCGAAGCGCUCAAGCAUUUCAGAAAACUCCCUCCCGCGCCGGGGAAAGGGAAUUUGCACAUCAAAGCAGCCGAUGUAUACAACUUCCUUGGCAUUGGAAUGGCCUACAAAGAAUUUCUAUCUACUCAGAACUCGAGCUCUCCUCUCAAGACGCUCACGACCAGUUUUGUGCCAAGCACACCAUCGCUUUCAAGCUUCACAGACGGCUUUUCAAUAUCCAAGCCAAAGGUUGAACAAGAGACUCAAAGCAGCAGCAAGGGAUCCAUCGACUUCCUUUGUCCCACAUCCAUACCUUCUAUGUCCGACCCAAACUCCAGAAAUGUCAAACCGGGAGCAAACAAGAAUAUGAUGAGUCCCAAAAAUGAUGUAUGGACUUGGCCGGCGUCAACGACACCUCAAGCAUCCAACAGAGGAGCGAAACCUUACAAUGGAAACCAUCUCCCUGCCCUCUCAUCGUCGCAAAUGCAGCCCUCAUCAGACGAAUACACCAUCAAGAAGGAGGAGGGGGUCUCGAAUUCGAGCACUGACGCUAUGGGCCAGCAUGACUUCAACGAGGCCGAUGCAGACGCACGGGCUAUGGCAGAGGAUAGGAAGGAAAUUCUGGACAACGGGGACUCAACCUGGCCCUCCUCAGAGGCAGGCCUCAUGGAUGACGAUGCUUCCAAGCCAAUGGCGAUAAAAAGGAGGCGGCCGGAGUCUCCAACCAGAGAGAAGGAAAGAGAGAUCGACAAGAAUCGCAUCAACAAACGAGACAUGUGGACUUACGCCUGCAUGCAGCAAGCCCCUGCUACUAAGGAAGAGAAAGAGGCUCAAGAAAAAGAAGAGAACAUCCUGGACGUCAAGAAUCCCUGGGAUUGGACCAGGAAACUGAUCAUCAAGAGCAGCGGCUAUUCAAACUGGUGGCCGCACUUCAUCGAGUACGUUAUCCUCUCCAAGAGAGAAGUGGGCGAUGACAUCCGAACGAUCCGGGACAAGGCUCCUCCUCCUCCUGAGUCGAAGUCUGAAAGACGCGGUGAUGACCGGGAGACAAAGAGACCCAGGAAGGAUGCUCCUGUGCACGAGUGGGUGUACAACGGAUGCAUGGUGGAGGUGAAGUGGGAAGGAGACUGGUGGCACGCAAAAGUGAAGAAGAUGAAACCACCAAAAGGCGGCGAGGGGCUGGAGAAGCUGUACGUGACGUAUGUCGGUGGCACAGAGGACGAGGACGAGUGGGUUCCCAUCUCCAAGGUGAGAGCGCCAAGGGAAGAUGUUGACGAGAAGCUUCUCAAGGUGACGCUGAUGCCCCCCAAACCUUAUUGCCUGCUCUCUCACUGUGCGCUAGAACAAACGUCGAUCCAGUGGGAACAGCAGGAGGAAAUGAGGGGCUUUGCUGUAAACUGUUGGGGACGACGCUUGGAAUCACGAUUAACGACACGCACCGAGGCUACUUUGAUGUAA